CCCUUGCAGGGCAACGAGGGAGCGCCCGCCAUGGCCAAGAUCUACCCCCGGGGCAGCCACUGGGCAGUCGGACAUUUCAUGGGGAAAAAGAGCACUGGAGAAUUUCCUUACAUGUAUGAAGAGCCAAACAAGGCAGCCUUUUCUUUGCUACCGGAUGACGUCAAGCGGCUGGAGGAAGAUCCGCAUUGGGAGGAGAUGGUGAAGAGGUUCCUUCGGCUUGUCGAGGGGAACGACAACAGAAGCGCUCAGGUUCUCAGGGAAGAACUGCCAUUUUCCACCAAUACCGCUUGGGAGGCAGAGGAUAACAGCAGUCUUAAAGAUAUGAUGGAUUAUCUGCUGCAAGCGACGGAGAGGAAAGAAAGUUCUCCGAGCUGA